AGGGGAGGGCGGGAGUUUGUGUGCGGGAAUUGCAGAGGUAGCAAACGGUCUUGGAAAAUCGUCGCCGUCCAUUGCGAACCCCCCACCGAUCAAUUCCGACUUCGUUAGCCAUGAGUGUUAGUCGCGAUCCGACGGCGCGAUUGCGCGCUGGGCUUAACCCACUCUUGACGGCCUCGCUGGGCGUCUACCACAACCAGAACAGUACCCCGCUGUCGGCCAUCUCCAUGGCCUCGCCCAGUGUCUUAUCGACGGCGCAGACACCUGUGAGCGCGAUACAGCCCUACAACCCCCAAGAAUGGAUUGCCUCGCCAGUCGCGGGUCCGGAGCGGGUCCAUCCCUUCCGGGAUCCCCAGUGUAAGCCUCCGCAACUUUCCCCUCCACCUCUGCAGACUGGCUGCUCACCUACCCAAGCAUCGCCCCCUCCGCCUCCACCCUACUCGCCUCCUCGAGGCCAGCGGCCCGUCAGCAUAUCUUUUGACGCCCAGGCUGCUAAUGUCUCUGCAGCGAGAGCGCCCCCGCCCCCGGGCGGCCAGAGGAUAUCUCCCGAUGCGGCGGUGGCCAACACGGCCUUUGCCCCUCCCCCCGGAUCCGGUGGCAGGGGCGCCUCUCGCGAGAGGCGGUUUGGUCUGCCCUCCUUUGGGAGAAGAAGGGAAAACAACGCCGAACAAUCCAACACACCGCUCGAAGCGCACCCGGCUCCCCAUCCUCCCCAUCCUUCUCCUGCCAACCCUCCGCCUCAUAAUCCCGUAGCCAGCCCCUCCCAUGCUCAUCCUCAGCCGGGGCACCUUACUCUCCAAAUUCCACAGCGGACUGAUUCGGAUUCGUCGCAAACCCUUCCCCCUUCUUCAAGGAGAGCUGUGUCGACACCCGCGAUUGGUACCCCGACGUCAGCCAGAUCGCGCUCCUCGUCCCAUUUCCGGUGGGAACCAGGCAUGCCCCUUCCGCCUCCACCCCCAGGACCACCCCCUGCGGCUAGUCGCUCGCAGAGUGUCAGCAGGGUUGGCGGUGGCAGUGACCCAGUCACGUCUCCACCAACAAGGCGGCCCCCUCCUGGCGGGGUUGCAGCUCUGGGACCUGUACCACCAACGCCCGCAGAUUGGAUUGACGCCGAUGACCAUCGGAGAAGCGAGUCGCCAAACCGGACAUCACUAGUCAGUGAGGACUCUAGCCUUGAUAGCUCCAAUGCGCAGCCGGAGUCAACAGCAUCUACGGUAAGCUCCGCUGGGGGUUUGGCCCGCGCGCGAGCUCUCCGAGGAGAAAAAACGCUCCAUGAACGACGGAAUGAGAGUAGGACAAGGGGUAGCACUCGUCACUCGAUAGAUGCAUCCAUAGACGCACAGACUUUGUCGGAUAUCGUCAUACCGUCUGGCUCUGGCUUGACCCGCAGGAUGACCAUCGGUAGGGGGACUCCACGGAGCAGUCGGUCGAACUCGGGUACGCCGCAAGCCGGGGAGGUCACGCCGGCAAUGGACUACAGCCACGGGUCGAACAUUACCCCUCGAGCACCGGGUUCCGCCCAACAAGCCACCGGCCCCGAGACAGCCACCCCGCCUUUCUCCCCCCGUCUCCAUAAAGGCAAGUCCACGGCGGACGUCCAUCAUUCCCUUGCGCCCAAGGCUCUGCCAACUCCUCCACCACAAAGCCGACCUUCAUCUAGCACACUCGUCGAGACCUUUGCUGCUACCCCUCGGUCUCCAGGCCAGACGAUCACCCGUCAGUCUGCGGUGAACCAGACAGUCGACCAAUUCAUGCGCAGUACCGUCGAGCGGUUCAAGGCAUUCGCACUCAAGGAAGCCUCAGCGGCUGAUGAUGCGGAGAGGGUUCGCUUAUUUUCCGAGUUUUUCGUCAGCGAGUCAAGGAUACGCCGGGAGCGGUACGCUGCGGCGAUUGGGGUGAUGGGUUCGGAGAUCUUUGAUUUAUCUCGCGAUCUGUUCCGGCCCAUGGCUUCUAGACCAGAGUUGGCUGUCUCUACGACGAUCGCCGCACAGUUUACUCCCCAGCCAUCCGGACCCAGAUCUCACCGGGAAUCUAUAGGCUCGGCGACAGCCUCCGACCCCCCUGCGCAGUCAGGUUCUACCCCUAGCUCGGCUAACCUGCCAAUGUCCCCCGUGGGACCGACUCCCGGCAAUCAGAACUGGCAAUCGUCAAACUAUAUGCCCUCUCUGUCGCCCAUCCUCAGCAUGAGUGUCAGUGAUGCUCUCGAUGGAGAGGACUCUCGGGGCAGACCAGCGAGUCGGUGGUGGGAGUCCGAGUCGGCCGGGGAGCAACAUGGGAGGAUGGAGAGGUCUAAGCGGGAAUCAAAGUAUAUGAGUGUUCCUAAGGAGGCCCGGGAGGCCCUUCAAUGGGUGGACAGUCCCGAAGCAGGUCCCAGCAAGCGGGACCCGUCAAACGAAUACCCACCCGAGAAAUCCGGAUGGCACGAGGAGCCGGUCGUCACGCCCCAACCGCGUAAUAUUCGUAACUCGCUCCUCUCGCUUCCGUCCCCAAACACCUCGAACCCUGCUCACCUGGACGUGUCUCGCCUCGUGACUCUUCCUCCUCCGUACCCCCGUCACCACCCGGCAGUCAACAACAGCCAUCCGGAACUCGCCCAGACUCGCAGCUCGGUGCGGGCCCUCAGCGAUAUGACCGAGGUCGACGGGACGAAGGAGAGGUUCCAGCAAGACAGCGCCAAGAUGCGAGCCGAAGCGGCCGAGGCUGCCAAGCAACGGACCAAGGCUCUGCGAAUCAAUCUCCAGGAAGAAAUAAGCUCUGGCAAUAUUGGAUACGCUGACGCAGCGGCAAUAGAGGCAGACGCAAAGGCGGACGAAAAUGCCAAGGCCAAAGAACUGGAGAAAAAGGACUUUGACGCCUUCCAAACGGCGGUGGUUAUGCCGCUCAAUGACCUCCUGACUGGUCGCAUCGCCAAGACCACGGCUCUCUUUGAAGAGUUGCGGGGCAGGCUGUUUGUCGAGACGCACGAAUCCAACCCCAACAUGCCCCAGGAAGAGGGCGACGAGCAGCCCGAACUGCUCGAGAAACUGACAAUGCUCAAGUGGAUAUUUGAGGCGCGCGAGAUGCUCCACCGCGCCAUCUACGAUCUGCUCUCGGACCGAAACGACCGCUAUCGCGAGAUGGUGUUGACGCCAUACCGGCUUUCCCACAACGAGGAGAAGAUCGCCUCGGCAACGGCCUUCUUCGCCGAGGACGCCCAGAAGCGGGCACUCGCCUUCUCCGAGGAGGUGCUCCAGCGCUCGCAAGAGUUUCGCGACGUGGUCGAGGAGACGGUGGUGCGUGGCGUCGAGGCCCAACUGGGCGCCUUCUGGGACAUUGCGCCGCCGCUCAAGCGGGUGCUCGACAAGAUCCCGGCGGACCUGCACGGCUUCAGCAUCCAGAUCCCGUUCACCGAGUACGACGAGAACCCGGCCUACGUGGACCACCCGCUGCAGUACCUGUUCAGCCUGCUACUGCACGCCGAGAAGAGCACGUACCAGUUCAUCGAGAGCCAGACCAACCUGCUGUGCCUGCUCCACGAGGUCAGGGAGGUUGUCGUGGCGGCCAAGGCCAAGGUCUUGGAGAGCGAGGGCCGGGAUCCCGCGAGGGUCGAGGAUAUGAAGGCCGCCGAGUCUGGCCGGCUGACGGACGACCUGAAGGAGAAGGUCAAGUUCGUUCAGGACCAGUGGAAUAGCGCGCUGGGCGGCUGCAUCGGGGGAGUCAAGGAGAGGAUCGGAGAGUGGCUGCUCGAAACGGGCGGUUGGGACGAGAGCCUCGAGGACGAAGGCGUGGGUGGCGUUCAGAUGUGAGGCGAAUUGAUGUGACGAGCUAUGAAAUUUUGGGGACAUGUGGGAGUUACUGGAAGAGGGACGUAACGGAGUUGAGGAGACAUGG